GAUCUCGUGAACGAGCUGGCAUUAUGGGAGCAGUCUCUGCACCCAGAGGAGAUCGCGAUCAAGGCGGUUCCGGCACCGUUCAAGACCAACGCUAAGCUCGGUAGAGCAAAGGGCAGAACCGGCACGAUGCACUCAACGGGACUGAUAGAAGCGAUGAAUGCUGCGAAAGCGCUUAAAGACGCGCGCGAGGCG